AUGCCCAUGGACGUUGUGGACCAGGAGCUGAGCACCGCCGCGGAGGCGGCCUCGCCUGAGCGCUACCGCCGCCGUGCCAGCAACGAGAUCGAGCGCGUCCUCUCCGCCUCGUCGGCAUCGACCGAGUCGGAAAGCCGCCGCGGCAGCCUCUCGCGCCGGCAGAUGAGCCGUGUGUCGACGGCCAACGACCUCGAGCGACACCCAACGGCGCUGAGCCGCAUCGCGACCCAGCGCACCCAGCACAAUGCCACCGUCGGGUCCGAGGGCCGCAUCAGCAGGAGAUCCGUCGUCUCCAAGCCGCUGCCGCCCUUUGGCGCCGGCAAGCCCUACCCGCCGCCGCUGCCAGAGCGCGAGGAGUAUGUCGUCGAGUUUGACGGCCCGCACGACCCUCUGCACUCGCAGAACUGGCCGCUGCGAAAGAAGAUCCUGACGGCUGCCAUGCUGGGAUACACGACCAUGACGUCGGCUUUUACGUCUUCCAUCUUCUCGUCCGCCACGAGCGUCGUCGCGGCGCAAUACGGCGUCGGCACCGAGGUUGGCCUGCUGGGGACGACGUUUUACGUCUUGGGCUUCGCCUUUGGUCCGACGCUGUGGGCACCUCUGUCCGAGUUGCGCGGGCGAAGGCUGCCGCUCGUCGUCUCCAUGUUUGGCUUCUCCCUCUUCUCCAUUGCCUGCGCCACCGGCAAGGACAUCCAGACCAUCCUCAUCUGCCGCUUCUUCAGCGGCUUCUUUGGCGCCUGCCCGCUCGCCGUCGUCGCGGCCGUCUUCUCCGACAUGUUCGACAACCGGACGCGUGGUAUCGCCGUCACGCUCUUCUCCAUGGCCGUCUUCACGGGCCCCCUGCUGGCGCCCUUUAUCGGCGGCUUCAUCACCUACUCCUACCUCGGCUGGCGCUGGACCGAAUACCUCGCCUCCAUCAUGGGCUUCGCCGCCUUCAUCCUCGACUUUCUCUUCCUCGAAGAGACGUACCCGCCCGUCAUCCUCAUCAGCAAGGCCGCCGAGCUGCGUCGCCGCACCAGGAACUGGGGCAUCCACGCCAAGCAGGAGGAAAUCGAGGUCGACUUUGGCGAGCUGGUCAGGAAGAACUUUUCGCGUCCCCUCCGCCUGCUCUUUACGGAGCCCAUCAUCCUGCUGCUUUCCAUUUACAUGAGCUUCAUCUACGGACUGCUGUACCUCUUCCUCACGGCCUACCCGAUCGUGUUUGUCGGCGUCCACGGCUUCAACGCGGGCCAGUCGGGUCUCACGUUUUUCGGCAUGAUUUGCGGACAGCUCCUGGCUGGCGCGUCGGUCAUUGCGCAGCAGCCGUGGUACAUGCGAAAGCUGGCAGCCAACAACGGCGUUCCUGUUCCCGAGUGGCGUCUGCCCAACGUCAUGGCGGGAGGCAUCUCCUUUGCCAUUGGUAUUUUCUGGUUCGGAUGGACUGGCUACAACCCCAACAUCCACUGGAUCGUCCCCGCCCUCAGCGGCCUCUGCACCGGCUUCGGUCUCAUGUCCAUCUUCCUUCAGGCGCUCAACUACCUCGUCGACGCCUACCUCAUGUUUGCGGCCUCGGCGAUUGCCGGCAACACGUUUAUGCGAUCGCUCUGCGGUGCGGGAUUCCCGCUGUUCGCGCGCCAGAUGUUUGAGGGCAUGGGCAUCCAGUGGGCCUCGACGCUGCUGGGCUGCGUGGCGGUGGUGCUCGCCCCCAUUCCCUUCGUCUUCUACUACUACGGCGCCCGCAUCCGCCAGAAGAGCGCCUACGCCCCGACCUUUUCCGCCCCGGCCGACCCCGUGGACGAGGAGUCGGAGGAGAGCAACGCCGACGGGGCCGCGGAGAAGCGGGGCGAAGACGCGGCCGCGAUGGCCAACGCGCCCCGAAGGGCGAGUGACGAGGACGGCCCGGCCCAGACGGCUUGA